CACACCUUCUCGCCAUAACGCCAAAAGCAAAGCUGUUCCGAAUGCACAAAUUUUAGUUUCAAUUUCUUUCAAUUGAUACUUUUCUGAUUGCUAUAAAAGUUUUUAUUGGAAUGAAAUACGUGUCACCCUAUUAGUAACGAUUAAAGGAUUGAGGGGAAAAAAUGGCAUCACCUGAGCAAGACGAAUCAGAAACAAUAGAUGAUGAAGCAACAGAGUUUCAGUGUCCCCAAUGUGAUGUAAAAUUUGACUGUUUACUUGCUUUAGACAAUCAUUUGAAAUUCCACACCAGGGAAAAUCUGUAUGAAUGUACAAAGUGUCAUAAAUCCUUCUAUUAUAAAAAAGAGCUGAAGAAACAUCAGUCGGGCCUCAAAAGCUGCAAAACCUACACUGUGCGGAAAUCUGAGAGAAUAUCAAAAGAAAAGAAUCUAGAGGAUGAUCAAGCUGAAAAUUCAUCUGAUAAAGAUUACCCUUGUGAGGAAUGUGAUAAGCGAUUUGCAAACCCUUACUGCUUGGUACGCCAUGUCAAGCGUGUACAUACCGGAGAAAGAUCUUUUUCCUGUUUAGAAUGUGGAAAAAGUUUUGUUGAUAAGGGGGAUUUAACCAAGCACAUGAAAAAUCACAAAGGAGAAACUGAUCUUGAAUGUCAUAUUUGUCAAAAAGUCUGUAUUUCUAAAGACCAUCUUGUAGAACACAUGUUCAAACACAAUGGUAAAAAUCGGUACCAGUGUUCUGUUUGUCAAAAAAUUUGCAAGUGUAAAAGUCAUUUAGAUGAACAUUUUAGAACUCAUAGUCGUGAAAGACCUUAUAAAUGUCCUCACUGUGAUGUAAGGUAUGGGUACAAGUCCCAACUUAGAGAUCAUAUUUUGGCAAAACAUUCUGAUGAUGGACCCAUCAUCAAAUGUAAGAAUUCAGAUAACACGAUGCUUCCAUCUCAAACAGAAUGUGACAUUUGUGGUGCGGUUCUAUCUCGACAAUCUUUAAGGCAUCACCGCCUACUUCACAAGGAGAAGCAUCAUAAAUGUGACCAAUGCGAGAAGGCCUUCAUCUCUAAGUACCGGUUAAUGGUUCAUCAAAGGGGUCAUACAGGUGAAAGACCUUUUAUGUGCACAAUUCCUGGAUGUGGGAAAGGAAUGACAACGCGAGAUGGUUUGCAAAGGCAUCUAAUUCUGCAUGAAGGACAGAAGAAACAUCAGUGUCCGCAAUGUGGUCGACGGUUCUUCUACAUCAGUAACCUCAAUCAGCACCUGAAAACCCAUAGCGAGUUGGACACAAAGCGGCAUGCAUGUUCGAAUUGUAAUAGAACCUUUGCAAGAAGAUCUAUGCUGAGAAAACAUAAUGAGAAACCAUGUCAUAGAUUUAUUUCACUUGUUUCCGAUAAAACAAACUCUAACACUAGUGGAGAAAGAAAAAAUAACUUGUACUACUUCCAGAAGGAUGGAAAUCAAGUACCAGUACAGGUUCUUGAGAACAGGGUUGUAAAUGCCACUUGUCCUAAAGAGAAAGUUGAUAAUAAUCUUGAACAUCCUUUGCAUGUAUCCUCUGAAGAUUCCCACUACAUUAUCAUUAAUCACCCUAAUGGUAAACAACAGAUAAUUAACCCUGAUUCCAUACUGGACAGUCAAUCAAACAAUUUUGUAGUGACUGAAUCAGUGAUGGAACAGCCGGAUUCUAAGUCUGUUAUAACAGUUGAUUCUACAGGUACCACAUGGAACUCUUCUGAACGAUUUUUGGAAGUUCCUGAAACUUACAACCAUUUUGAAGAGGUAACAGAAGAAGAGAAGUAUGCUUCACAGAAUAAUAUGAAAAAGGGAUAUUCACUUCUAGGUCAGGCCCUUAAUAGCACAGAGCUUGCCCCGGGACAAGAUUGGCAGAUAGCAAGUAAAGAGCCGGUCCAAAUACAAAUGGAGGUUCAAUCAAAUGACCAGACUGCAGACACCCAGUGGCAAGUACCCAGCAAAGCAAAUGUUGAAGUACAGACUGAAAACAAUUGGGAAAAUGUAAAUAUACCACUACAUGUGUUGUCUGCAGCCGGUAAUUGGCAAACACAAAACAUUGACCCAUGGAACCAAAAUGAUAACCAAGGCCUUGUACAAGCAGCUUCAACCACUUAUAUCCACCAAGAAGAGAACACGGCAAUGGAAGUCCAGAGUUCUCAACAAAUUGUUUUCAGUGAAGAUGAUUUUUCAAAUCUAAUGACACUUGCAGGAGUUUCCAGUGAUUCUGAAGCUCACCUGAGUCAAGUUGAUGAUGUUGUAAUUGUCACAUUUGGUCAGGAAUCAGUUAAGAUCCACACCAACAAAGUCCUAUCGGAACAAACAAAAGAAGAAAAAGAAGCAUUAAUAAGUGUUUCAGGUGAGUCUGCAACUCUUGACAACAAAGUAGAUGUUGCAACAAACAUUGUACCCAAGGCAGAGGAAUUGCCCCAAGAAGCAAUUGAAGAAAUACAGGUUGAUGAAGCUACAUGUAGUCCAGAUGCAGAGGAUUCAAAGGAGGAUUCAGAGUAUCCAGUUGUAAUGUUUGAGUGUCUCCACUGUCCAGAUGCUUUCAAAUAUCAUUAUGCAAUAGAGGAUCAUUGUGCAUUUGUUCAUCCAGGAAAAGAAGUCUAUAAGUGUUAUGAUUGUGAUGAAACAUUUAAUACGAACAGAAAUUUGAUCAAGCAUGGUCUAACACACGCCGGUAAUUCAUGUAACCAGUGUAAAAUCUGUAACAAGAUGUUUACACAUCCGACCAAGCUUUCAAAUCACAUGAGUCAUCACACUGGGGUAAAACCCAAGCGAUUUAAGUGCGCACACUGUGAUCGUAGGUUCCUCGAUAGCACCCAUCUUCGCGAUCACGCCAUGAUACAUUCUGGAGAUAAACCUUUCUCAUGUGAUGAAUGUGGAAGCAAAUUUGUAAGGAAACGUGAUUUAGAUAUCCAUGUUCGUAUUCAUACGGGUGAGCUUCCCUUUAAAUGUCUAAAAUGCAACAAAUCGUUCAGGGCUGAGGGAUAUCUUAGGAAUCAUCUUCUGGUACAUGCAGAACAAAAACCUUUCCAAUGUAUGGAAUGUGAAAGAGGUUACACUUCGCGUUCUAAAUUGACAAUGCACAUGAUGAACCACACUGGUAACAAACCCUACAAAUGUGAUGUGCCAGGCUGUGGAAAAUCUUAUAGUGACAAAAGGGACUAUAAACAUCAUCAGAUGAGACAUACUGGCGAAAAACCCCACAUAUGCUCUGUGUGUUCAAAAGGAUUUGUUAUGCGUAGCAACUUGUAUCAACACCAAAAGACACACUUGAAAUAAAUUUUAAGAAGUUCUUAUAUUUUGUUAAAAAGCAAAACUGCUUGAAUUUGUUCCUAAAUCAACUUUGUUAAUUUACAUUAAUUAAUUUCUGACUGAACAUUUGGUUUUCUCCUCGUUAGUUACUGCUGUUCAAAGCUGCUCAAUCUGAUUAAAAUACAGAUCUAUAUUUCGUUUCGUUUUUUUAUACUUUCGAUGGCUUACACUACAUGUACAUGAAGAUCUGACAUGUUGUAGCGAGACAUGUAGGUCGCGUCAGAGGUCAUACGAGCGCUUUUUUUACCCUAUGACAUCAGAUAUUUGAUUAACCAAUCGGCAUUGAUGUUUCUAAUGGAUUACCCACAGUUCCGUGCAAAACACGCCUAAUGCUUGCCGUAACAGACCGUUUCAUUGGCUAAUACAUGUACCUAACAACAUCCAGAACACGUCAAUGAUAAUGUAUCUUUAAACAAGGUAAAAUAUUAACAAAUUGAUUAUUUAACAUUUAAUAUUUAAUUAAGAAAACAAAACCAUAAAUGAACCGUGGAUAAUCUCCCGGGCUUGGAUUCCUUUUGAUUAAAAAGAGGCUAUUUAAUAUGAGUACCCAAUACUCAUAGAUGGCAUUGGCAGAUGCAGAAUGUUGGGAAAUUUUCCAUUCAUCAUAUUUUUGUAAAUACUGAAUGGCAUUGAACCAUGGUAAUAUUGUAGUUUGUAAGGAAUUGAAAAUCUUUCAAAUGAUGAUUGACUGCUUUAAGUUUAAGGUCUUGGUUUGUUGUAUUUUGAUAUUGUUAUUGAUAACUGAGUAAGAGAAGAAAAGUCGUUAUUACCAAAGAAUAUUAUAAAUUAAAUAUCAACUUAUUUAAAUUGGUCUCGGCCACAUGGAUUAUGUUUGUAUUAGAAAUAUUACUUCCUAUUCAUUAUACUAAAAUUUCAUAACCAUGACAAAGUAACCCCUUACAAAUUGGCAUCCACAAACAAAGUCGACCUUCUAAUGAAUGGCGUCUACAAACAAACUCGCCCCUUAUAAAUAAAUUGGCUUUGAAAGUAGUUGGAAAUGGAAUACAUAUAUUUUAAAUUGGUCAGGUACAUGUAUGUAGUUUUAGUUACAACAGAUUGUUAACUACAGGUAGCCUGGUUAUUUAGAUUUAUCCCCCUUGACUAACUUGACACUCAGGAGGUUAGUGCUAAAUGAGAAGGCCAGCUCAAUUUUUAGACAUAGGUCACGAAAUGUAAACAGGGCUAACGCUAACCCCAACCCUUUGAAAGUACUUGGGAAGUGAAUAGCCCGUAGAUAUAUUUGAUGGCUAUAUUUAACACAUCAGAAUUUAUUUUCAUUUCCAAAAUAAACUACGUCAUGAGGCGUAACUUUACACUAAUAGUCUCACGAUCUGUAUGGAAUUGAUUUCAAUGUCAUGUUUCGUUGCUUAGCACUGAAUGAAUUGAGUUUGAUUGUAAGCACGUGUAUUUAUUUGUUAUGAAUAAUUAAAUAGUUGAAUUUACUGAA